UAUCACUUUUCGGAGUUCCUUUAUUUCAGCAGGCUGUCUGGGGUUGCAGAGUGCUUGCACAAUUCUGCAUAAGCAGCAGAGUUCAGCUUUCACGUCCUGACAGUCUGAAGUGGCUUUUUCUGUAUGCACCCAGUGAGAACAGGUGGAGUGACAAGAGGAUCAAGCAAUGGAGGUCAGAAAACUUAAUCUCUAGCAGCAAACAAAGACAGAAAGAAAGACAGAGAAAAAGAGAGAGACAGCCAGUGAGGCAACUCUUCAGCCAUGAAUCGCAGAGACAGUAAGAGAAAGUCUCGCUUGGAGUGCCCAAGUCCACAAGUGGCUGUAGGAGGUGUAAGGAAAGAUUGUCGCCGGAAUGUACGUCGGAGGAUGACUUGCCCAAGUCCACAGGAGAUCAGCAAGGCCAAGGAGAUGAUGUCUACCAUGGGGACUCUGACAAAGAGUGCCAGCCUGGAGGAGCUCAUUGAACGCUGCAUUCAUUGCUUUGACUUGGAAGGCAAACUUUAUUGUAGAAGUUACAUUGUGAACAUGACCCUGAUGAUGCAUUGCUGGGUGGUUCCAUCUUCUGUUUUCGCUAACAAACUGCUCAACAUAUAUCCUUGCACGUUGCGUCAAGGUAAAAAAUAUGUAGCUAAAUUAUUACUUUUUAAAAUUGUUAAUGCCAAACUCCCAUCUUCCAACUUUUCCUUGAUUCCUUCUCUCACAUACCGAGACUGUUCUGCAGAGCGAAAGGACCAUGUUCGACCUCGGAUCUGCUUCUUCAUCCGGUACUGGAUCACACACUUCUCAGCUUCUUUCAAAGGAGAUGUGGAGCUGGAAGGGGUGAUGGCUGACUUUUGGGAGAUGGUGAAGACUGAGGGAGAGGAGAAACACUGUCAACUGAUCGACAUUUCAAACAUAUCAACACAUGACUGGAACCGCAAAUUUACUCUUCAGAACACACCCAACUGUGGAAAGAAGAGAAAAGUGUCCCUUCUCUUUGACCAUCUGGAGCCUGGCGAGCUUGCAGAACAUUUAAGUUAUUUGGAAUUCAAGAAUUUCUGCCGCCUUACGUAUUUGGACUACAGGAGUUAUGUGGUGAAUAGCUCUGUUCGUGGGAAACCAGCUUUAGAAAGGUCUGUGGCACUGUGCAAUGGGAUCUCGCAGUGGGUUCAGCUGAUGAUCCUAAAUCGCCAUACACCCCAGCAGCGAGCAGAAGUGUUUACAAAGUUCAUCCACGUUGCACAGAAGCUUCGCCAAUUACAGAACUUUAAUACCCUCAUGGCUGUCAUUGGAGGUCUUUGCCACAGUUCCAUUUCACGGCUCAAGGAAACUACCAGCUACCUCAGCCAGGAAGUGACAAAGACUUUGAAUGAAAUGACAGAUCUACUCUCUUCUCAUAGCAAUUUUAGUAUAUAUAGAAGGGUAUACAAUGAAUGCUCUGGGUUCAAGAUUCCCAUUUUAGGAGUACAUCUAAAAGACCUAGUAUCUCUAAAUGAAGCCUUGCCAGAUUACUUAGAGGACACGAAAAUCAACUUAAGCAAGCUACAGCACUUAUACAACAACUUGAGUGAGCUUCUUCAGAUACAGACUGCCACUCCUCCCUUUGAAGCCAACAAGGACCUAGUCCACCUUCUUACGCUUUCUUUGGAUCUAUACUAUACUGAGGAUGAAAUCUAUGAACUCUCCUACACAAAAGAGCCCAGGAACCCAAAAAUCCAGCCUGCUAUUCCCUCCAAACCCCCUGUGUUUGUAGACUGGGCUUCAGGAGUGGCACCAAGACAUGAUCCAGCAGUCAUCUCCAAGCAUGUGAAACAAAUGGUGGAGUCAGUCAUAAAGAACUAUGACCACAACCACGAUGGCUUCAUUUCUCAGGAGGACUUUGAGAAGAUUGCAGCAAGCUUCCCAUUUUCCUUUUGCACGCAUGACAGAGAGCGUGAAGGCUUGAUGAGUCGUGAAGAAAUCACUUCCUAUUUUAUGCGAGGUAUUUCCAUCUGCUCUAAACUAGGAUUACUGCACAACUUCCAGGAAACCACUUAUAAGAAGCCAACUUUCUGUGAUACCUGUAAUGGCUUUCUUUGGGGUGUCAUUAAGCAGGGCUAUCGUUGUCGAGAGUGUGGUGUGAACUGUCACAGGCAGUGCAAGGAUCAGGUUUCCCUUGAAUGUAAGAAGAAAUUCAAAGUGUCCUCCAGUGACAGCUCCUUCCAUUCCUGUCCAUCCACUCCUGCACCCGAAUCUAGCCACAAGAGUCAUGGCUGGAGUUCUGAAGAAGAAAAUAUCUUUUUCCCUCAUGGGGAAGGAGUGGAACAGACAGAGGAGCCUCGAUGCCAGCAACCCAUUUUAGUAGCAAGCUCCACACACAAAAUCUCAAUCCCCCUGCUUGUCCAGACUUUGGAACACAGCACUCAAACAGAACCUGGCAGAUGGACCCCAAAAGAACAGCAAUCCCUGGACCAGGACGAAAUUUUGAAGGAGCUACAAGUAGCACAACAGGUCAUAAACCAACUCACCCAGGAGAGGGACACAUUACACAGAACCCUUUCCUGUCUACAGAAGGAAGUGGAGGAGCUGAGGUCAAACAGGCCACCGUUAAUCCCUGAGACACCUGUUUCACUUGUACUGAAGAUGGAUGCAUUGCAUUUGCGCAGAAGUUCUCAAAGCUGAGAAGAAAAAGAUUUUCCCCAAAAGUAACAGUACAGAGCCUUUUGAGCAAAGUGAAACAUUCAGUUAUCCUAAAUCCAAGCCUCAUUUCUCUACAGACAAGGAUCACAAUUUUCUGUUUUAAGUCAUAACUCCAUUUCAUUGUCACAUUUUCAGAUCUUCACAUAUGCAACUGUCAGUUUGGCUGGUGACUUUCUGAAGUAUCUUUUGCUAUGCAGUGACACUCCUGUUCAGCUACAAUGAAGGCGAUGAUUCUGCAAAAUAAAACAUCUGGAAUACAACUAAGAACCUUUGACAUAUUUAUUGCUCUUCUUGUAAUACCCAGCAAUAUUUCAUUUGAAGCAUGCUAGAGUGGACCUCUCCAGUUAAGGAGUCAACACCAAACAGCAUUACCACAUCUCCUAUUCAGUGAAGAAGUUUGAAACAUUUCACACUUUCAGACCUUUUCUAUGACUUCAAAGGGUUUGGCAUGGAAGGGGUGGGGUAUGGGAGGGAAGGGCCAGUAGUUGCUUGUAAAUAAUAAUUGUGUGGUGUUUGUGAAAAAAAUAAAGUCUCAUUCUGAGCUACAUGUCCCUGUUUCAAUACAACACUUUCAUGCAAAAAUUGGAUAGUGUUUAAGAAUCAACACGGCUUCCAGGAAUUUGUCUACAGUAGUUUGAUGCUAUAAAUCAGAUUGGCAAGAUGCUACAUGCAGCCAUUUGCUAGCUGUCAGUCUCCCAGAAAGAUGUGCAGCAUUAUUUUUUUCUAUGAAAUCUAUUUGUCUGAGCUGAGGAUACUUUUAUGUUACAGCCGGUGUUUAAUACCUGGAUCAAUUCUCUUUUCUUUUUAUUUAUUAUUUUUAUUGCUUUUUGAUUAUUUUGUUGUAUUUAAUGUUACUGAAUAGCAGAUACAAGUCAUAUUUUGCAGGAAAGGGUCUGCACCUGCACUUUCAUCACAAAUGAAAAGAUUGUCCACUUUGGUGAAUUUGCUUUGCAAAACAUGUAACAAACAAUACUGAAAUAAACGUUAGUGUUCAGCUAGAUAGUUGUGUAAAUAGGAAAAUGUCUCCAAUGAUCUGUACUCACUUGAGGUUUUUUCUUUGUGACUUCUAGUCUUUGUUUGAUGACAGGAUAAUGAAAAUGUUCAAGUGAGAUCCAAAUCCUGCCCCUUCAUGGGAAGACAUGAUAAAGCACCUUCACCUUGCUUGAAAGAGAUAUACAAGUUAUUUAACUGAAAUAGUUACAAAUAAUACUUAGCUGCACAAAAGCAAACCAACAAAAAAAAAUUCACAUAACUUAUUGAGCAACCAUCAAAUCGAUACAUCAUAGCCAUCUUUAAUCUUGGAAAAUAAUAGAAGAUUGCAAGUGAUGAAAAAUAUUAUGAAAAGAACAAUGAAAAUCAGCAGUGGAACCUGAUACAUUUAUUUUCUAAUCACACAUUGUUUUUGGAUUUGUUAUUAAAUGUAAUGAAGGAUUGAUUUUAAAUAUUUAUACAACUGAAACCUAGUGUUGCCUAGUUUUGUGGGUAAGCAUUUCACAUUGUUACAUUUAAUGUCAUUUAUGCUAAACAUGACAGCAGGCUACUCUAUUUUAAACCACAAAGAUGAGAGUUCAGUCCCUGCCUUCAAUUUACUAUGUGUUGGUAAGGUAAUACACUACACCAGAGUAAAGUUAAUCUCAUAUUUACAAAGGCUAUGAAUACUUUUCAACUCUGAUAAUUUCGAUUUUUCCUUUUUAGUAAAUUGUUGAAAGGUGUUUGGUUUUGUUAAUUUGACAUGAUGUAUACAGUUUGUAGAUCAACUGGAAAAAUUUCUACUUUAAUAUACUAUUAGUUUAUAAUAUGAAACAAUACAAUGUGAAAAUAGAUCUGAGUUUUGAAUACAUUUUUAAGAAGCUAUAAUUUCAUUAGAGUUAAAGAGGGAUAAGUGGAAAAUGGCUUUCAACACUGGCCUAGGAGAUUAUAAGGAAAUGGUAAUGGCAUAUUGUUUGGCAGAUAACCCCGAGUAUUUCAUUCUUUUGUAAAAUUACAUUUUUUGAGAUGUUUUAGGAAUUUGUGUACUCAUUUACAUUGAUUAUAUUAAUUUAUUUGCCCAAUUACGAAUAGCAUGUAUCCCACAUUAGGCAAGCUUUUGUUCUCCUCUGAAAGAAUAAACUUUAUUUUAAACUU